CUCCACAUGUCGCGGAUGCAGCCCUAAAAAGACAAAAAAACGAAAGAGCAGUGCCUGCAAAGCCAGCCCCAGAGCAGGCUAUGGGGCUACAGCCUCCUGGGUCACACCAGGGCUUCUCCCAGGGGGGCUCUUGGGAGGGACAGUUGGCAAGGACUGGGUGCCCAUUGUGCCCACACCCUCCAAGAGGAGGUGUAGCUGGGUGGCGCAGCCCACCUGGCCUGGGUUUUGCUCCAAACCUGAGCCAGUUCUGGGGGUUCUCACCCUGCCUUGAGCCCCCACCCCAUGUGAGCAGGGAUCGCAGCCACAGGAGAGCCCCAGGCAGCCCAAGUGACAGGAUACAGCCAGUCCCAGGGUACCCGAGGGGCCAGGAAGCGGGGUAGAGUGAAGCCAGUGGCACUGCCAGCCAUCUGCCCUGAGGAGGACACUGACACCCUUGGCUCUAAGCACCCCCUCCCCCCAUAAAUCCAUAAUAAAAAUAAUCCCUAGUUUUCGCCACAUGCCCCAGUUCCAGAAGUACCGCCUGAUCCAUCGUCACGCUGCCGUGCAAGGGACCCGGGGAGGCACAGCUGACCUUGUUUUAUGCAAGCACAACAGUGAGCCCAGGAGCCCGAGGGGGAGGGAACACACCAACAGGUCCUGCCUUCCACGUGGGAGCAGAGCCAGGGGCCUGGGCCAGGGGCCCUAGGAAGCUGUGGGGUCCAGCCUCCGCGGGGACUGGUUGGUGAGCUGGGCCCUGCCACCCUCUGCAGCUGCCCAGUCUGCCAGCCCCUGGCCUGGGAAUCGGGGUCAGGGGCCAGAACAGGAAGCAGUUCCGUAUAGGUCCAGGACCCCAGUCUGGACCUCAGUGUCACACCAUGGGCAGGCCAGCUCCGGACCUGUCAGUGGACACUGCUGAGGCCCUGGAGGGCACAGCAUCUUGACCCAUCCCCGCCUCUCCCACCUGUCCAGGUGACUCCAGCCCAUGAAGGGCAUGGGGGGCUGGGGUAUGACCUCAGAGCUGAGUCUUUGGUACUGAACCACGUGGCAGCCCAGGAGGCCACCCAGCCCAGCCGGAGGACACCUCACUGCCCAGGGCAGGAGCUGAACCUGCACUGUCCCCAGCCGCAUCUCCUAUCCCCAGAGGCCGGCAGAGCGUGCCUGGCAGAGCCAGAUCCCAGGAGUCAGCCCAGCCCCGAGGAGGGAGGGCAGAGGCUGGGGGCGGCGCCAGGGCUUGGCCCAGGUGGCAGGAGUAGGCGGGGCCCCUGCCUGGGCUCUGUCCGCCUGAGUGUCAGGCUCGCUCGUCCACCACUUCGCCCUCGCCAUCACUGUACCCUCGCAGUCACCAUCCAAGCGCCCUGGCUCUGCUGCUCCCUCCUACCCUCUAGCCCCAAGCUGGCCGCCUCCGAAGCCCCUGACGCCAUGGAGGAGUGGGACGUGCCCCAGAUGAAGAAGGAGGUGGAGAGUCUCAAGUACCAGCUGGCCUUCCAGAGGGAGACGUCAUCCAAGACCAUCCCCGAGCUCCUCAAGUGGAUCGAGGAGGGGAUCCCCAAGGACCCCUUCCUGAACCCGGACCUGAUGAAGAGCAACCCGUGGGUGGAGAAGGGCAAGUGCGCCAUCCUGUGAGGCCCCCCCGGACUCCGCCUCCCGGGAACCAGGACGACUCUGCAAGGGUCGGACUUUUAUAAA